CCAAACCCAAUACCGAUACGAACCAUCGGCCAAGACAUGCAUAAAAGAAAGGAAAUAUGAAAGUCAAGUCCGUUUAUAUAUCCAGGCUACUGCUCCAUGAGCUUCUGUUCCUGCAUGGUUGCAUUGCAUGCAUCUCUCGUCGAUCCAUCCAUAAAUCCAAGCAGUCCUCCCGGGAGUUGAGAACUUGUGAUCCCUUCUAUUCGGUUGCCAAGGACUUGUAACUGUUCCUCCGCAACUUGGAGAGGGGUUUGGUUACCUGUGCAAGAAGAAGAGGAGGAGGAGGAAGAAGAAGAAGGAGAUGCAGGACGCGUCGUCUCCUCUCGCGGCGUUGAGCAACGCCUACCAGCCUCUCCCGUCGCUGUACCUCGGGUUCUUGGCGAUAUGGGCGGCCUCCGGCUUCUCCUGGGCCUUCAGCUCCUGGAGGAGCCGCCAUUUCGAGCAGGCAAAUAACCUUCAGUGGAUCCUAGCCUUGGUGCCCUUGAUCAAAGCCCUACAAAUGGCACUCUCAUUUCUGUUCUGGUACUCGUGCGUCCACCUUCAGACAUGUUCGCUGUGGAUGUCAUUUGGCGUGUAUGUGACGGGGAUUCUCUUCCAGACGGCUUCCUUUGUUUCGUUCAUGCUCAUUUCACACGGUUACUGCAUCAUGUGCGAGCGUCUCUCGAUCAGGGAGAGGCGCACAACCGCGGGUUUGGGAUGCCUUCUCUACCUCAGCCUGAUUGGUUACAAAGCUGCAGUCCCUUAUUUCACAGUAUUUCUUUUGAUCAACUACUUUAUGUCAUUUUACAUCAUAUUUCGCCGCACAUCCCAAAACCUAUUGGUUCUAAGGGAACAACUGAAUUUCAUAGAGGAGGAAGAUAUGCAUUCCUUACAUGGGGCACUGAACACAAAAUACAUAAUGUUCAAGAGAUUUCAGGGUACAAUGCAGGUUGCACUAGUGGCAUUCAUCAUGGUGUACAUGAGGGCUGAUGAUACACCAGAUAACUACUGGUUUCGCGUAUUGGUGCGUGAAUGGGUGCAAUUUUGCAUAUUCAUGUAUAUCGGUUGGAAUUUUAGGAUACCUGAAGCAUCACUCCAUCUUCCGUUUGUACCCCUUACGAAAUCUACUUGGGAUAUUGCAAUGCCAACUAUCUACAGUGUGGAAAUGGAUGCAGCUGACUUCAAGGGCCUUGUCUCAGAGCAUUGGCACGUUGGAGUGAGAACUUCUCAGAUCAACUCAAGUUGUCCUUCACAGCCGUUGCUGGUGCUAGUUCAAAAUCCUAGCCCAAGGGUUUCCAUUGCUGCCAUAGGUUCAAGGUUACCGUUGAACAAGAGUGACCAAGUUUAAUUUUGACACCAAGAUGCAGGAGAUCAUGUUGACCAACUAGCUGAUCUGGAAGUCGGAGCGACAUAGUUGUGUUGUACAUUGAAAUACAGGAUGAAGUUUUUUGUUAAUAUUUCCUAGUAAAGAGCACACGGAUAUAUACUUGCGGACUAGAGGUUAUUUGCUAUUCAGUAAUGGUACCUCCAUUUGCAACUCAGAGCUUCUUUCUUAAACACACACAAGAAUGUGUACUUAACAUUUAUCGACAACAAUCUCAUCUGAACAGAGUGGGAUUCAUGUUGGAAACUUAGCCCAAGUCCCUCAAAUACCCAAUCUAAAAUUCAUGCUCCUAUGGAGAUUUGAACCCAGGACCUUGGGUGCUACUCAGGUCACUGCAACCAAUAGGCUACAUGCCCUUUCA